AUGCCAAACCUAAUCGAUCAAGAUCAGCAAUGGCUACUCAAUUGCCUGAAUGCCACUCUCGAUCCUAACCAGGAAAUCCGUUCCUUCGCCGAAGCUUCUCUUCAUCAAGCCUCUCUUCAACCAGCUGCGGUGCUACUAAAGCAAUUUAUUAAGAAACAUUGGCACGAAGGCGAGGAGUCUUUUGAGCCUCCUGUAGUUGCAACUGAAGAGAAGGAAGCUAUACGGAGACUACUUUUACCUUCGUUGGAUGACUCUCAUCGGAAAAUUUGCACCGCAAUUAGUAUGGCUAUUGCUUCGAUUGCUGUGUAUGACUGGCCUGAGAAUUGGCAUGAUUUAUUACCGUUUCUUUUGAAGUUGAUAAGUGAUCAAACUAAUGUGAGUGGAGUGCAUGGAGCUCUAAGGUGUCUGGCUCUUCUCUCUGGGGAUUUGGAUGAUACAGUGGUGCCAACACUAGUACCGGUUUUGUUCCCAUGUUUGCAUACAAUUGUAUCAUCACAUCAGAAUUAUGACAACUAUUUGCGUACCAAAGCCCUUACAAUAGUUCAUUCUUGCACGUCUAUGCUUGGGGUCAUGAGUGGUGUAUACAAGACAGAAACCAGUGCCUUGAUAACACCAAUGCUUAAACCCUGGAUGGAUCAGUUCUCUGUUAUCCUAGAACGGCCUAUGCAAGCUGAAGAUCCUGAUGAUUGGAGCUUGAGAAUGGAGGUUUUAAAGUGCUUGAAUCAGUUUGUUCAGAAUUUCCCUGGUCUUACUGAAAAUGAAUUCAUGGUUAUAGUUGGACCAUUGUGGCAAACAUUUGUAACAUCUCUAAGUGUGUACGUGCGGUCAUCAAUUGAAUGUACAGAAGAUCCUUAUGGUGAUAGAUAUGAUUCUGAUGGUGCAGAGAAAAGUCUUGAUUCAUUUAUCAUCCAGGCACCAAGUGACCUCCUUGAGGAGAGAUGGCAACAGGAUGGCUACCCAUGA